AUGCGGAAUCCUCAAGUUUCUUCUGUCCACACCCAUCCCACUCCUCCAAGCUCUUUCGGAGACUCUAGUUACGACCAUGAUAGCAGUGAUGAGUCUCAAAUUCUCGUCCAGACUCCACCCAGUUCUCCGCCUGACCUUUCGAGUCCACGUCACCGUGACAAGAAACGCAGCCAUAUGACAACACGUUCCAUACUACGCUCUAGCAGUCGUAAACGAUCACCAACAUCUGGCGACACUUCCCCUGAUUUAGACCAUGAACUCUUUGCACUUCCACGCCCUCCUUCCAACAUUAUGAAGCGCCUGCCUAGCUUCGCUCUGCAUGCGCAAAAAAGGUUCAAGCCUUACGAGCAGCCCCAUGGUCUGGUGCCAAAUGCGUUAGAGCUCCGUUUUUUUCGAAGGUGUCUCGAAUCUGGCGACAAUGAUAUGAGUGUGGCAGAUGUCGAAGGGGGCAAAUCGAUCCUUGAGGAUUGCCUGAAACGCUUGUCUCAGACGGUCAUCGCUCAAGCUGUUGCCGCGAAGGAAGCUGACUGUGAAGCCAAGCGCAUGGCCGUUCUGGGAACGGCUUGGGCGGUCGAGGCAAAGGACCGAUAUCAGACACUUCUUGAAAUGAUUGUCCAAGAAGAAGUUGAAACGUAUACCAUCGAUGCUAAGGAAGCUGCCUUUCUCCGGAGAUAUUUGGUUGGAAGAAGCAGGGAGGAUCUUGAGGUGGCCAAGGACUUUGAUGUGGGUGCAUACAGCCACAAUUACAGAUCGUUCGCUAUCGCCAACUUAACCCUGGAUCACAUCGGGGAUGUAAAGUCGUGUGUGCCUGAGGAAGAUGCUGAUGGUGUGGCUAUGGAAAAUUUGACAUCUGACAACGGCCCUCAGUCAGAUGCCUAA